UCACUCAAAAUGAGAUUGCUGAUAACCGUAGCUCUCGUCUUGGCAGACUCAUCUUGGAUCGAGGGUCAAUGGAUUGGUCACAGGGGUCACAGAGCAGUGAGGAGCGGGGCUUACACCCUGACUCCUUCCUAUCCCGUGAGAGGUCACCUAAACACUGCCACCCCAACCGGAAAAGCUCUACCCAUUGUAUACGCCGGAAAGGGAUCACCAACUCCAACUCCCUUGCCUGUUCCCAUUCCUGGCUCACAAAACUUUUUACCAAUUUCCUCUCCUAACAGGGAAUGCUCUGAGCUGGUUUCAGUUAGGGGAGGUACCAUACUGAUCCCCGGCGCUGGAGGAGUCCUACCGAUUCCAGGCAGUAAGGGCGCCCUGAUGAUUUCCGGCUGCAUAAGUAAAGCCAACUUUCAGAAUCGGGAUGGAUUCAUCGACCCUUCUAAAUACACUUCCAUCGAUACCAGCAGCAAAUUUGGUGUUACGAUUCCUGGUGACCAAAAAGCCGGGGAGAGUAAAUACGAAAUCAUAGAUUUGAGGAAUUCUUGACUGUUGAAAGUUUUACAAUUCAAACAAUGUAUUAAAAACUCAAUAUUAUCAUAUGAUGUAAAUUUCUGUAUUUUUACAGAUUUAAAAAUGUAAAUAAAUGGGUAUU